UGUUGGUCGUUGAACCCUCCAAGUUCAUCGCUUUUCCUCUCCAGCUGAUUUUUAGUACAGAGCCUUCAAAAUGGCGGCCCAAGCCCCUACUGAAGAGCUCAACCAGUUGAGUGUCGAAGACGCCGGGAGUAAACCGAAGCCAGAUGCGUCUGCCACCAGCAACGGCAAUCUAAAUCAUGACAGCGAUGACUCCGAGGAUGACGCUGAAGACCCUGCCGCCGCCGGCGGUGAGGGCGGUGCCGCUAAGAAAAAGAAGAAGAGAAAGCCCAGGAAGAAGAAGAAGAACCCAAAGCAACAGUCGGACCCUCCGCGAGUCCUGAUUUCGCAGCUGUUUCCGGACAAGAAGUACCCGAAGGGCGAGGAGGUUGAAUACGUGAACGAGAACCGCUACCGCACGACCAGCGAUGAGAAGCGCCAUCUCGACAACCUUAAGAGCGAGUUUGUUAACGACUACCGCCAUGCCGCUGAAGCUCAUCGGCAGGUUCGGCAAUGGGCGCAGAAGAAUAUCAAGCCCGGACAAACGCUGACCGAGAUCGCCGUGGGUAUUGAAGACGCCGUUCGCGCCCUGACUGGCCAUCAAGGACUCGAGGAGGGCGAUGCUCUGGUCGCCGGCAUGGGGUUCCCCACCGGCCUUAGCAUUAACCACUGCGCAGCGCACUACACGCCCAACGCGGGCAACAAAAUGGUUCUGCAGGACGACGACGUGAUGAAAAUCGAUUUUGGUGUCCACGUGAAUGGCAACAUUGUCGACAGCGCGUUUACCAUGGCCUUCAACCCCCGCUACGAUCCACUCCUGGAGGCCGUGAGAGCUGCCACCAACGAGGGCAUCAAGCAGGCCGGCAUCGAUGCUAGACUCGGUGAAAUCGGCGGCGCCAUCCAGGAAGUCAUGGAGAGCUACGAGGUCGAGAUCGACGGAACGACUUACCCGGUCAAGUCAAUAAAGAACCUGAACGGGCAUACCAUCCUUCCGUACAACAUCCACGGCACCAAGAGCGUGCCAAUCGUGAAGAGCAACGACACGACAAAAAUGGAGGAGGGCGACGUCUUCGCCAUUGAGACAUUCGGAAGCACGGGUCAGGGGUUCGUGCGUGAGGAUGGAGAAGUAUCGCACUACGCAUUACGAAGCGAUGCCCCGAAGGGCGACCUUCGUCUGACCUCAGCCAAAUCGCUGUUGAAUGUCAUCAAGAAGAACUUUGGCACACUGCCCUUUUGCAGGCGAUACCUGGAUCGUUUGGGGCAGGAUAAGUAUCUGCUUGGGUUGAACAACCUUGUCUCGAACGGCAUCGUCGAGUCGUACCCGCCGCUGGUCGAUAGAAAGGGCUCCUACACGGCCCAGUUCGAGCAUACCAUCCUCAUCCGGCCUACCGUAAAGGAGGUUAUUAGCCGUGGAGAUGACUACUAGUGGAACUGUCUGAAUAGGAAUCGGGUUGCGCUAGUCUUCUCCCUGUCGCGGCGUAAAGCUGUUGACACAAGUUUGGUUACGCAAAUGGAGUUGAUACUAUGUCAACUGGCUCUACUUGAGGCACAUCUACACUCAAACAAAACAAUUGAUUGAAUUCCGAGGGUCGUGGCAGUCGGAUGGUACGAAUCCG